UGUAGUGAACCGCCGCCGCUUGAACUGUGCGUAAAAUCAGUUCCUUUUUGUGUUCUUUUUUUGAAAUUUUUGGUUCUGCUGUGCACUUUUCUAACUUAAGUUUGAAUGUCUGACCGUUCUUUGCGUAAAGACAGCUUAAUGUUGCAAAUCAUUUUCUCCAUCGGGAAAUCAUAAGUGGUUAUUCCUUCAGCUGAAAAAGGAGAUUAUGCAGGCUACGUCUGUACAUUGUCGGUAUAAUAUAAGGGGUGUUGGUGUUUCAAGGGUGACGUCAGGAGCGGAAAGCAGCGGGCUGGGGCGCAGAACAGGACAAGCAGAAACACCAGCCGUGCAAAGGUGCGCGCUUUACCUAAACUCCUUCAGUAGCGAUAAGAGCGGACGGAGCCGAACAGGAGCGGCACAGAGCGUGAUGAACAAUAGAUCUCUAACUCCGCGGCUCGGCGGAGCUGGAGGUGGCGGUUCGCUCGGAGCUGUGGACCACGAGCUCGUCAUCACCUCCACUUUCGGGACGCUUUUGUCCGUAGUCUACAUAAUCGGAGUGUCCGGGAAUGUUUACACUCUUGUGGUGAUGUGCCACUCCAUCCGCUUCGCCACCUCCAUGUACAUCUCCAUCAUUAACCUGGCACUGGCGGACCUCCUGUACCUCUCUACCAUACCCUUCGUGGUGUCCACAUACUUCCUGAAGGACUGGUACUUCGGGGAUGUGGGUUGCCGGAUCCUGCUCAGCCUGGAUCUCCUCACCAUGCAUGCCAGCAUCUUCACCCUCACCGUCAUGUGCUCGGAGCGCUAUUUGGCCGUUACGCAGCCUCUGGAAACGGUGCGGCGCUCCAAAAGCUACCGCAAGGCUCUGGCGUGGGGUGUGUGGCUGCUGUCCCUGGUACUCACAGCGCCGAUGAUGAUCAUGGUGGCUCAGACAACCAAGAAGACGCCAGACGAGGGCGUAAAGAGGAUGUGCGCACCCACGUGGGCGCCUCUGGCUUAUAAGGUGUAUGUGACGGUCCUGUUCGGCACCAGCAUCAUGGCCCCGGGGCUCAUCAUCGGUUACCUGUACGUGCGCUUGGCCCGCACUUAUCUGGAAUCCCAGCGCAACGCGGUAAUCAGCAAAGGCGGGAAGCGUUCUCCGAAGCAGAAGGUGCUCAUCAUGAUCUUCACCAUUGUGCUUGUGUUCUGGGCGUGCUUCCUGCCUUUUUGGAUCUGGCAGCUGCUGCCACUGUACCACACCAAGCCGCUGAGCUUGGCCUCGCAGACGCACACCUGCAUCAACUACCUGGUGGCGAGUCUCACUUACAGCAACAGCUGCAUCAACCCCUUCCUCUACACGCUGCUCACCAAGAACUAUAGAGAGUACCUGAAGAACAGACACAAGAGCUUCUAUAAGUACACGUCGUCGUUCAAGCAUCGGCCGCCCAGUCUGCACUCCUGGGGCAAGUCGGGGUCCUCCAGCAACCAGUACGAGUUCAACUCUGAGACACUGGUCAUGGGGACGCUCAGGUGACUUCUUUUGUAGAGGAAACGUCUCCUGGAAGAAGAAAUGCUGGCCCGUCUGAGCACAUGGGCAGCACUGUCCUCCAUCGUCCCUGAUGCCUCAGGGUAGGGAGGGGUCAGAGAUCGCGUGACUGGGGUUGCAAGUGAAGGAGACGGUGAUGGCAUAGCGUGUCCCCCAUGUUACCU